GAUUUCUUUUCCUUUUAUUUUCCUGUCUUGAAGAAUUAAUCAAGGUCUGAGCACAUCCAUAAGUAGAAGAGCAAGGCCAACCAAAGAAGUAGGAGAAGUUGGUGGCUUUAGUGUAUCCAUAUUUCAGAAUAAUUUUCUCCCACUCUUUGCUUUUUUUCAUUGCUGAUUAGUGAAAGCUGAAGAGGUAGAUCCAUGACCCUUUUCAUGUGUUGUGAGGUUUUGAUCUGAAGAUUGAGGAAAAGUAGUAGUAGGUAGUGUUGUGUGUUAAGAGUGAUGGAUAGCACAGAAAUCAAGUCACCAGCAGAAAGCUCCUUUGAAGGGACACCAGACACUUCAAUGAACAGAAAGAAGCUAGCCAUAUACUUCAUCGAAUCUGAGGAUAGAAGAAUGGCCUUUGGUCGUGGAUACACAGCAGGAUCUACACCAGUUGAUAUCCAUGGCAAAUCCAUUGUUGAUCUUUCAAAAACUGGUGGAUGGAUUGCAGCCUUCUUUAUAUUUGGAAAUGAAAUGGCAGAAAGAAUGGCUUAUUUUGGGCUUUCAGUGAACAUGGUUGCCUUCAUGUUCUAUGUGAUGCACAGACCAUUCACGAGUUCAUCCAACGCAGUGAACAAUUUCUUAGGGAUAUCACAAGCUUCCUCGGUGUUGGGUGGAUUUCUAGCAGAUGCAUAUCUUGGACGCUACUGGACAAUAGCUAUCUUCACCACAAUCUAUCUUGCAGGUUUGACAGGAAUAACACUGUGUGCAACAAUAGGGAAGUUUGUGCCGAACCAAGCAGAGUGUGACCAACUUUCUCUGCUGCUGGGAAAGUGCGAGCCAGCAAAAGCAUGGCAAAUGACAUACCUUUACACGUUUCUAUACAUAACAGCGUUUGGAGCAGCAGGGAUAAGGCCAUGCGUGUCAUCUUUUGGAGCAGACCAGUUUGAUGAGAGAAGCAAAAACUACAAAGAACACCUUGACAGAUUCUUCAACUUCUUCUAUCUGUCAGUGACCAUUGGAGCAAUUGUGGCCUUCACAGGAGUGGUGUACGUGCAGAUGCAAUAUGGGUGGGGAUCUGCAUUUGGGUCACUCGCAAUAGCCAUGGGAAUAUCAAACAUGGUCUUCUUCAUAGGCACCCCUUUGUACAGACACAGAUUACCAGGAGGGAGUCCUCUAACUAGGGUUGCUCAAGUUCUGGUGGCUGCAUUUCGAAAGAGAAAUGCCCCUUUUUCAAGCAGUGACUUCAUAGGCUUGUACGAGGUUCCUGGUAGACACUCUGCUAUCAAGGGAAGUGGAAAAAUUCCUCACACUCCUCAUUUCAGGUUUCUUGACAAGGCAGCUCUGGAACUGAAAGAAGACGGUGGAAAUCCGAGUCCAUGGAGGCUCUGCACCGUGACUCAGGUUGAGGAAGUGAAGAUCCUUCUGAAACUGAUUCCCAUACCAGCCUGCACAAUCAUGCUCAACGUCGUUCUCACAGAGUUUCUGACUCUCUCAGUUCAGCAGGCAUACACUCUUAACACCCAUUUGGGUCGUCUGAAACUCCCAGUCACAUGCAUGCCCGUCUUCCCAGGCCUAAGCAUUUUCCUCAUUCUAUCUCUCUACUACUCCCUUUUCGUCCCCAUUUUCCGACGCAUCACCGGCCACCCACACGGUGCCUCUCAACUUCAGAGGGUAGGAAUCGGCUUGGCUGUCUCCAUUCUCUCAGUUGCAUGGGCUGCCAUAUUUGAACGAUACAGAAGAAACUACGCAAUAAGACAUGAAUACGAGGCUACUUUCCUCACGCCCAUGCCUAACCUCAGUGCUUAUUGGCUGUUGAUUCAAUACUGUCUCAUUGGUGUGGCCGAAGUGUUCUGCAUUGUCGGCCUCUUGGAGUUCCUUUACGAGGAAGCCCCCGAUGCCAUGAAGAGCAUAGGCUCUGCUUAUGCUGCACUCGCCGGUGGCUUGGGUUGUUUUGUGGCAACUAUUAUAAACAACAUCAUUAAAUCUGCCACUGGGAACAUCGAUAAAGGACAACCUUCUUGGUUGUCUCAGAACAUCAACACUGGCAGGUUUGAUUACUUCUACUGGCUUCUCACGGCUUUGAGCACGCUCAAUUUUUUCAUCUUCGUAUAUUCGGCUCGUAGAUAUAAGUACAGGGCACAGGAAGAUCGUGAGAUGGAGAAACAUGAAAUGUCAUACGUUGGAACAUCCUAGUUUUCAACACAGUAAAAUGCUGUCUUUGAUCCAUUCAAUAACUUGUAAUGGUGUUCUCCUUGUGUGAUAACGCACACUAGUUAGGAGUAUUCUGCAUGAGAUAAUGAUUUCCUUCUGAAGGAUAGUUACUCCCUCAGGUAAACUUAGUUAAAUUAAACACUUUCAUGCUAGCAAAGAUGAUAAGAAAAAGAGAGAAUUGCAUAGAUAUUGAGUAGUAUACGAAUUCUGCUUAAUCUUUUA